CCUCCACCAUCAAGCUUCUGGACACCUACCAGAAGUGCGGCCUCAAGCGCAAGAGCGAAGAGCUGGACAACGUAACUCACCUCGACACCUCACAUCACAACGCCAGUGGCAAUACCGUAACCACGACCACCACGAAUUCCUCAAAGAAUAGCUCCUCGAACAAUGAGGGUGACUACAACUUGGUGCAACAUGAAGUGAUUUGUUCCCUGACCAAUCGGUACGAAGUGCUGGAGUUCCUAGGACGCGGGACGUUCGGGCAGGUGGUAAAAUGUUGGAAGCGGGGAACAAACGAGAUUGUUGCGAUCAAGAUCCUGAAGAAUCACCCGUCGUAUGCGCGGCAGGGGCAGAUCGAGGUUAGCAUCCUGGCGAGGUUGAGUGCGGAGAAUGCAGACGAGUUCAACUUUGUGCGGGCGUACGAGUGCUUCCAGCACAAGAACCACACAUGCCUGGUCUUCGAGAUGCUGGAACAGAACCUGUACGACUUCCUCAAACAGAGCAAGUUCAGCCCGAUGCCGCUCAAGUACAUCCGUCCCGUCCUGCAGCAGGUUCUCACUGCCCUCCUCAAACUCAAGAGCCUGGGCCUCAUCCACGCCGACCUCAAGCCAGAGAACAUCAUGUUGGUGGACCCCGUGCGGCAGCCGUACAGAGUCAAGGUCAUCGACUUUGGCUCGGCCAGUCACGUUUCCAAGGCGGUGUGUUCCACGUAUCUGCAGUCCAGAUAUUACAGAGCCCCUGAGAUCAUCCUGGGUCUGCCGUUCUGUGAAGCCAUCGACAUGUGGUCCCUCGGCUGUGUGAUAGCAGAGCUGUUCCUGGGCUGGCCACUCUACCCAGGCUCCUGUGAAUACGACCAGAUUCGGUACAUCUCGCAGACGCAGGGUCUCCCACCAGAGCAUAUGUUGAACGCUGCAACAAAAACAUCACGGUUUUUCAUGCGCCAGGACACAGAAGUCAACUAUCCAUUGUGGAGACUAAAGACCCCAGAGGAGCAUGAGGCAGAGUACAGCAUCAAGUCAAAGGAAGCGAGAAAGUACAUCUUCAACUGCCUGGAUGACAUGGCACAGGUGAAUGUUCCAAGUGAAUUAGAAGGAAGUGAGCUGCUAGCUGAGAAGGCAGAUAGACGAGAGUUUGUGGAUUUAUUGAAGAGAAUGCUACAGAUUGACCAAGACAAGCGCAUCACGCCAGGGGAGGCCCUCAACCACCCGUUUGUGACAUUGGGACAUCUUGUGGAUUAUGCGCACUGCAAUGUUGUGAAGGAGGCUGUAAGGAACUUGGAAGUAUGUCGGCGCCCGUUCAACUUGAACCAGACACCUGCUCUGUUCUCCACUGCCCUGGAUCCAACCCCAACCAACAACCUCACCGUGACCUUCAACAACCAGCUCAAUGCAAUGAGUCAGGCCCAUGGAGCUCUAGCACCGCACGCGCCUCAGGUGACCCAGGCUGCGCCCGACUUGUCGCUGCUGAACUACCAGCUGCAGCCGGGGCCGUGUUUCCCGUACCAGCCGCCACAGGUCCAACAGCGACUGGCACAGCAGGCGGCGCGAACCAACGGGCAGUUCGCAGCGACAAGAACCGACCCAUUCCAGCAGUCACUCUGUGUCAACUCCUUCAUCGGAGUGCCCGGGUACCAAGGUCUGCAGUCGUCACCAUCAAAGCAUGUUGGGUACAACAUGCGGGUGGAUAACCCUGUUGCCAUGGUUACACAAGCCCCACCCACCCAACUUCAGCUGCAGCCACAGUUACUGACACAGAAUUCCACACUCCAGGCACGGCACACUCCGGUGAUGGCUCAGCUCCAACCAGGGCCACAAGUGGCCAAUCAGCAACAGUUUGUGCCUGUAACCUUAGCAGCCGGCACAGCAGGCACGGGCUGGUCCCAGACUGCUGCACGUGCCCAGAAUGGAACCCUGUUGUUGAGACCUGCUCCCGCUCCCUCACAGACAUGGCCGGCCAACAGGCAGGUGCUGAUAGCGCCAUGGCAACAGCUGCAGAGUGUCGCCACUCAGGCACCACCUGCCAUGCAGCCUCAGCAGACGGUCAUACAGGAAGCCAUAGCAACCAAUCAGCCAAUCACAGACAACUGGAGACACUCGCUUGUGGCGGCACCAGUGCAAGAAGGUGGGCUGAUCCCAGCUGAACCAAGCAUGCUGAUUGGAGACGGGAGACUGUAUGACCAUCUGGUGGAUCAACGUCAGUUGUCAGCGCAUAGAAACCCUGCCAGCCAGUUCAAUCCUGUGGUGACACAGUCUUUCCUGACCAACGUCCCCAUGCCACAGACCAGUAAUGUCUGGAACCUCGGCAUUCUACCAACCAAUCAGGUGAUGAACCACCAAAAGAGGCAUGGGAGAAGUGGCCAGAACAGAAGACAAGCUACGACACAGAGUCAACGGGCGUCCCCGCCUGCCACGAAACACGGCAAGCACAGCCCGCCGGUCACACAAGGGCUGAGUGCAACUGUAACCACGGCAACCUCCAAUGCCCCCACCCUGCUGCGGGCGACGUCACCCAUCAGAUUCCGGGAAGCCACGCACACCAAGAUGGAGGCUUCCUCGUCGCCCUACAACAAGCAGCGGCAGCCAAUCGUAAUCCCAGACAGUCCUAGUCCUGCGCCAGAUCGACCAAUCAGCGUCAUCACCAUCAGUAGUGAUAGCGAGGAUGAAAGGAACAGUCCCCAAGGGUGUAAGGACAGGAAGUGUGAGGCGUGCAGUAACAGUGGGUGUAACAGCAUGACCCAGUCCUGCUCGCUGAGCGGCUCCAGUGUCCUGAGUGCCAGUCCUGAUGGCUCCAGCUCCAGCAGCCUCAGUGUCAGCCCUGUUAAGGAUGACCACGCCACUGACAGGCGAAGGGACCAAGUCAUCAGCUGUGUGACAGUGCCAGAUUCCCCUGACUCAGAUUCAAGUCGGAACAUGAGCCCAGAGAACCUUGGGACGAGCCACAUCAGCCAGAUGAGCGUGGACUUGGCAGCCAACCUGCGCCGGCACAGCAGCACACACACGAUCGUCGUCACCCCGAACAACAGCAGGCCUGUCAGCCAGAACCUGGGCUUCGGCAGCUUGGAAGACUUGAACAGAAACCGGCUCGCAGAAGAUGCCCAAAAGUCUCACUCUCCAAAUAUGGCAUCACCACUCGAGGUGGAGCCACCAAUCAGAGUGAACUCUUCUACAAGGAAAAACCUGGAGCCGCUUCUCAGCCAGGGCGUGAUGGGGAAACAUACCAGUAUGCAGGGUGUGAAGCCGAAGACUGAAGCAUCGGCCCAUGCUGCAGAGUAUGGCAUGCAGGAAGAGAUGGAUUCCAAGGAGACAUUGAGAGAAGUGAAGGUGGUGGGAAGGGCUGAUACCAUGGGAAACCACAGGCCAGGUAGAACUGUGAAGAAUGCAACGGUGCAUCCCCAGCCACAAGUGCACCGCUCACCUAAGAAAAACCUCAUGGGAAACCUCCCAGCACAGCCUCAGUUCCGUGGACGUCCCAAUGUGGUCAACGUGUUGCCGCAGCAGCAGCCGCUCAAUCUCACACAGGUGUCUCCCAUGCAGACCCAAGGCCAGCCUGUUCUCCUGGCAGCCCAGAACAAUACCCGACAGCAGCCCUACCUGCCUCAGCAGGUGCCGUUUGCAGCCCAGGGCAGCCCCACCCACCGACAGAUCCUCACGUCCCAGCUGCAGCCCUCACAAGCACACAUUCCUAUCUUCCCCCAGCCCCUGGGGGUACGCUCCCCUGGGGCAGCGCUUCCCCCGCUGGCCCAUCAGAGCCCGCGCCACUCUCUGGCAGCACACCUUCCUGUCAACCCUACCCUCCUGGCCUCCACUGGGCAGCACCUAGUGGGGCAGAGUCAGUUCCAAGCAAUAAAUCGUCCUACCUACAUCGCCGUGACGACGGCCGGGCCCAUGCUCUCCACCGCCUACAACCUCAGCCCCACCCGCUCACGGCAGUACCAGUACAUCUACCAGCCAUGACAGCCUGAGCCGUGGCAAGGGACGUUUCCUUGGUUAUGGUGCCGGGUGACCUGCCUUUUUGGUGUGCAUGUGCAUGCCUCGGCUUGUUCGUUGUAGGUUCAUUUGUAUUUGUCAUGUUUUAACCUUUCAAGGAAUGGUAACAAGUGAUGAUAUAUGUGAGAUGGUCACUAUUGUAAAGGUGAAGGGUAAGGGUUCAGAGGGCAAAGGUUAUUCUGCAGAGGUCACGAGAGCAGGUGGAAGGAAGGAUAUGAUAAUGAUAAUUUGGAACAUAGCGAGGUGAAUGUCAAUGCGAAAGAAAGUUACAAUGUAUUGUGUAACAAUGCUAGCAACCAGUACCAACCUGUGACAGUUGGAUAUGAAUUUUAUGCAAAAGUUGUAUGUAUUGGAUGAUUCAUGAUUGCCUCCAAAGUUUCCUUGUACAGAGGUGUUUGCUUUGAAGACUAGACUGCUGAGGCAUGAUCAAGAUGUAUAAAGAAUGUAUAAGUGUUGUUUGAAGUAGAUACGGGACUAACUUGAAGACCUGAAGCCAUCAACUUUUGUAUGUAUAAUAGCACUGAGAAAAAUUGGAUAUUUGUGCUUGAUUGCCGAACCACAGUAUUAUAGGACUGUAGAUGUUUAAUAGAGGAAAUUUAACCAAGUAUGCAGGCUUUUAUGCAAAGAGCAAGAUUUGAAUGUCAAUUGGAGUUUUAAGUGUGUGAAUUUUAUGGAAUGGUAUUUACAAAAUUUUAAAAUGUACUGGAUCUGUGUUUUUACCAUGUGUACACUUAAGAUUACUAUAAGGGCACCAAUCUCAUCACAUCUGAAAGUGCCACUCUUCACUUUGCAAGUGCAUUGGGAUUGGACCAUUCUCAUUUUGGGGGACAAUGGAUGGGGAGUGGUCAUGAAUUCACAAUCCCCUCUGUUCCACCCCCACAGCAUCUUGGAGUGGACCAUAUUGUAUUUUUAGGUGUGGAGAAGGGGUGGGAAGUGGCCACAUUCCAUGAAACCCACCCCUGUGUACUCAUUGAUGGUAGAAUCUAUAUACUGUAAUGCUUAGUAUCUGUCUGCUGGGAUGUACCAACAUGACAUGACAGGGUGAGAAGGAUCAGUGUUAUGUUAGUUUUAAUACACUAAUCUCUGCUGGCUAUAGUAUAGCAUAUAUACUAGGAUGUUGUGAGUGUUUUCUGGAAAUUUUAUGGAUUUUUACUGACUUUUGAGGGGCCAGUGAAUAUUGCAUGGUAUAUCAAACACUAGGCUUCGUUUAAUCUGGCUUUUAUUCUAUCGUAUGGUACAGAUAUUUAUCUAUACAAUGUGGAAUCUGGUGGUCUUGUGAAUUGUAGUAUACAGAGAUGUAACAUAGUAAUAGGCUCAUAUAUCGGUGCUGCUAUAGCAAACUAGAUAUGUAGAAUUGUCUCACACCCUGUUGCUGGGGUGGUAUGUCCCAGGUAUUCUGCAAUACAGGUAUAAUGUAGGCACAUAACAGACCAUACCACACUGCUAUGUGGCACGUAGAUGGUAGAAUAAGUUUGAUUGUUUCACCAUAUAGAUGUUUUGUGUUUCCAACUAUUUGAAGUGCAUAUACUAAAUGUUAACUAUAGUUAGGUGUGCUCUAUUUUAUGGUGGUAACAAUAUUUACCCCUUACCACUAUUAAGCAUUUGUGUCAGUUGAGUGGAACACAUGUUUUAAUCUCUUACAUGUAUUUGCACUUCUGCACCUGAGCUUCUAACUGCACUCCCCUAGAAUAGGAAUGGUUUGGUCUAUGGUGCUUUAACCAUAAGCUUAGGGGACCAAACCAAGAAUAGCAGGAGGGGAGUCAGUACGCCACAGGACCACAAUUUACUGUAUUCAGGUUUUAUUGAUGUGAAAAUGAACAUAUGCACAGCUUAUUUGUACCUAAGCAUUUAAUGCUCGUGACUUCAGGGGUAUUGUACGAUGUGCACACUGCCUUAUAUCUCUACAUGUGUAAUCAUGAGGGUCAGGCCAAGGGUAAAGGUUUAAGAUAAAGGUCAACUGGGAUUGGCAGUUGACAGUUGUGUUUCGAAUCAAGGACUGCAAUGCCUUAAGAUAAGAAAAGAGUAGCAUGAAUGAAAUAAGAUUUUUUUGUAAAGACCACCCUCAAAAAUUUUAUAGUAAAUUGACCCAGUAUUGUAUAAGCAAGUUUAACAAAUGAAUGACAAAACCAUACUAUUUUGGUUAAUCUGAAAUUUAUGCCAGAAAUGCGUUGUUUGGAUGACAUCCCAAAAGUCUCCAGAUUCUCAACUGUUUAAAUGGCUCCACGGGACCAUGUGCAUAACAGAAUCAUUUUAAAUUGUGCCAAACCUACUUGAGGAAUGUUUGAAAAUAGAAAGUUCCUCUGCGCUUUGAUCAGAGCCAUUCCCAGUUGGUGUAGGAAUGAUUUGAAGGCAGUUGGCCGACCCUUCUAAGCAAUAUACACGUAUCUUUAGCAACAGAAGUUUUUCAGGGAGUGAUGUUUAUAGCUUUCUACUUGUCGUAGGACAGACAUAACAUCUGUGCUUGCCAACUUAACCAAUGUGUAGAUGGAUUGAGAACUGUAGUCAAACUUAAUGUUGCCUAGAAAUUAGUGUAUGGAUACAAGUAACCCGGGUUUAUUUACCUGAUAUAGCAUUUUAAGCAUCACAAGUAUCAACUCCAUGGAUUGACUUCAUUUCCAGCUCUGGUUGAUAGUGAGAACCAACAUGUCACAUGUAGCUGGCUGUAACCUUCUCAGUAGACUAACGUACCCUUGACAGCUGCCAAACUUCCCAAUGUCACAGUGUUCAGUUCGAUAAGAAAAAUUAUUUCUGUGUUCUCUGUAGGUUUUGAAGGAGAUUAUCUUGGCUAGAUUCUACCUCGUAAAUGUGAAGUCACGUGUAUGAAAAUCUACAUGUACCUGAUGUAGCCACCCCCAAACCCCCCACACCCCACUUUGCUGCUUGCUGACUUGUAACACAGGUUUUCCUGUGGUGCUUGGGCUUGUGUCAGACCACACAAGCAGCUGCUAUCUGAGAGAUGUCAACUGUAUGCAUGCUAACUAACAUUUGGUUGAGCUGUCAAUCAAGGCUGGUGGGGGGUGACCAUGGACACAUUGUAAGAUGUUACUGAUGUAGUGUUAACUGUCGUGCCGUUAGUACGUUUUUGGCCAAAGACAUGGAAGUGUUAAUUGUGGUAGACUUUGGUAUUGACAGUGUCUCUAAUAUACAAUUGAUAUUGUUGUGGUGUUCCUAUACAAGGCAGCUUGUGAUGCUUGGACAUGUUGAUUCCUCCAAAAUGUGUGCUGUUUGUGUGUGUCCAAUUGGGAAGGAUUCCAUUGUUUACUUGUUAGGUGUUUGUUGUUUACUUACUGUGAUUUAUUAGCAAGACAUCAUUGCUAGUCGUACCAGAAUAGCAAAGAUACUGCAGAGCAUUGUUGCUAUUAAUUAUAGCGUGUAGGCUAAGAAGUAAAAAUGACUUAUAGACUACGUAUGAAGAUAGACUAUGGAUUGAGUUUAAAUAUAGUCCUUUAAUCUUGGUGUUUCUCAGUGUAUCUGAAGUGACAACUGAACAAUGUUGCAUCCAUGUGACAACAACUAGCAAUAGUCUGUAAAGAACCCGGUAACCAGCCGGGAAUAGGUUAGUAGUGAAGGACUUGCUGCAUUUUGCUAUUAACAAUUAUGCACUUGUGGUAUCUUUAUACCCAGCCCUCAAUGCCUUGUGAACAGUGUCUCUGUCAGCAGUGUGAUCCAUGCUGUACUCUCCUACUUGACUCCAAAUCACAAAAAUAACUACUGGUUGGCAAGGAACAAGGCAUAGACAAAACUAUGUUUAUGUUUCCUGAGGCACCCCCAUGUUCUUCAAGUGCACUAUUCCAAUGACCAAUAGCCAGCCAGUACAAGCAUAUUGUGGAUUAUGCCAUUGUGGAUGUAUGGGGUGUCAGGGUGGAUCAUGUUGUCUAACAGAGGCAUUGGUUGUGAAUUUUCCCUGUAACAAUGCGGUGAAUAGCCUACCAUUUGUACAUGCGACUGUGUCUAACUCUGUACAAUUAUCUAAUCGUGUGCAAUACGAGUAUUUUACCGUAGAAGAGACUUUGUGCGAGAUGACGUGAACUAUUUUACUCUGGCGGAUUAAUACGUUUUUGAAGGAAGUGCUGUAGAAAUAGUGUACAGUUUGGUGAUACGGGAAGAUUAUUAAUAAAGCAAUUCACAUUGCAUGA